AUGAGUCAGCAGUCCGACCAGUACGAACAGAUCUGUGGCAGAGGUGAUGUCAUUCUCCUUAUUGGUCCACACCAAGCGCCAUUGAAGGUGCAGUCAAGAUGUCUUCGAACCGCAUCGAAGGUCUUCGACGCUAUGUUUGGACCGAAUUGGAACGAAGGCCAAAAUCUCUCCCAAGACAGGCCCAAAUCGGUCGAACUUGGCGAUGACGAUUUUGGCGCGAUGCACACUGUCUGCUGUGUAAUCCAUCAUCGAAACGAUCUAUGGACGCCAAGUCUCGAUCCUGCAGACGUUCUCCGAGUCGCUAUCGUGGUUGACAAGUACGAUCUCAGUGUGGCUAUGAAGUUUGCCCUCGCGCAAUGGCUUAAGCUUCGAGACGACAUGAAUAUGAUACAGCUCGGCUACAUUAUGGCCGCUGCAUAUCGACUUCGCGAUGAAGGAAACUACGUGGAAACCACGUUAGCUCUGAUAUUACGUUGUGACGCUUCAUAUUGGUGUCUUUCUGAGCAUGAAAUGAUCAGCGAAGUGCUUAGCGCAGAGACACCGGGAAAAGUAGUUUACUUUCUUGAAGAGAGACGAAACCAUAUGCGAGCAGAUAUCUUGCGCAUUCUCGGAUCACGAGGUCCAGAUUGUUCUUGUGGCUGGGGGAAGGAGCAUGCAUAGGGUCGUGAAGAGCUCAAGGGUAGAUAUGGGCCGCUUGACUUGCUGAAAACACCAUUGAGUCAGAUUAUCGACAGACUUGAAAAGAUACCGCUCGGUAAUUUGUCGAAGUCAAGUAAGUGUCACAGAGGGUGUCAACCGCAUGCGCCGCAACAAAACGAGGCCCCGAAAGGCGAGAUAGCCAUCAUGAAGAGGGCUGCAGCAGUGUCUUUGGAGGAUAUAUAGAAGACGACUGUGGCAAGCUGAUACUUCUAGCACGAAGGGACCAAAGCAUCGAUCUCCAUCAUAAUGCUUACUCUGGAAAGUAAUGAAUAUAUCAAGC